CCAUAGCAUGUCUUGGAUCCACUGGGACUCGGUGCUGACGUAAACUGGAGAUGAAUAACCCGAGCGCACAGAUGAUGAGCGGAAGCGCCGGAGCGCACCUCCCCUUAAUAAUCUGUAUGAGCAGCGUCGCUGUCUUUUCAGCACCACUCACCGAUAAUCCAGGCAAGCGGAGAGGCAGGACUGGCAAAACUGACUUCUCUGCAAUCUACUGUGGAUGUUUUUGUUUUUGUUUUUAUCUCCAAGCAACACAAUACAACUUUUUUUUUUCCCAUGGAAGAAGAUAACAAAUCCUCAUUUUAAGGAAAAUAAGAGUUUUGAUGUAUUGGUCUAUUUGUUUUUCCCCAAACAGGACUGACCAUAUGGUUGGUGGAUGUGUGAUUUUACAGCUUUUCGCUGCGGAUUCUGCUUAAUUUUUUUUUUUUUUCAUAAUUCCAUUAUAGACUUAGUUGAUCUUUUAAUUGCGCUUUGGAAGUCCAGAAGAAUGUCACAUGAAUUAAUAAGUUGUUGCUGAAAGAACUUUAGCCUAGUUGAUUAUUUUGCGAGAGGCUUCAGAUGUUAAGUCAGUAAUUUAGGAGUCAUUUGUUUUUCCUUUAAUACGUGGAGAUUGUGUAUCUAGUAGGGAUGUUUACUUUAGUAGUUGGACUGUUGUACCUGGUCAGUGGACGCACGGUGCAAAGCCAGGACGCUACAGGUAGCCGCUUCGUCUGUAAUGCCAUUCCCCCGGGCGCAGAGCCUGGCUGCGACUAUGGUCCUACCGGGAACCGUGUCCAGAGCAGCAGCCCUGUGGAGGACGAGCUGCGGAACACGAUCAUCCACCUCCGGGAGACCAUCCUGCAGCAGAAAGAGACCAUCGUGAGCCAGCAGGGGACAAUCAAAGAGCUCAACUCCAAGCUGGCGCGCUGUGAGACGGUAACCGAGGAGACAUCGCAGGGCAAGUCCCGAGGUCAGGGUACCAGACGGAAGGAGUACGGCAAGAAUACCAUGGGGGACCUACCCAGGGACCCCAGCGAGUCCAUAGACCAGCUGGGCAAGACCAUGCAGACUCUCAAGGGUCGGCUUGAAAACUUGGAGCAGCAAAGUGUACGUCUUCCCAACACAAAUAUGUCCGCUGGAGGUGCCUCAGGCCUAACUCCUUUGCCCCCAGAGCUGCGGGAGCUGCUGCGGCAGCGUCUGGGGGCGCUGGAGACCCGGCUCCUCCGGAAGGUGGCUGAGCUGGAGGAGGAGAAGAGCCGGCUCUACAAUGAGACAGCGGCUCACCGCCAACGCACAGAGAGCGCUCUCAAUUCCCUCUUGGAGAGGAUCAUCGAGCUUGAGAAGAGUAAUAAUGCCUUCAAAUCACCUGAGGAUUUUAAGGUGUCCCUUCCUCUUCGCACGAACUAUCUGUAUGGCCGUAUCAAGAAGAGCCUCCCAGAAAUGUACGCCUUCACCGUGUGCAUGUGGCUCAAGUCCAGCGCCAGUCCCGGCAUAGGAACCCCAUUCUCCUAUGGUGUGCCAGGCCAAGCCAAUGAGAUAGUCCUCAUCGAAUGGGGGAACAACCCCAUUGAGCUGCUAGUUAAUGAUAAGGUGGCCCAGCUCCCUCUGUCAGUGAGUGACGGGCGCUGGCACCAUAUAUGCAUCACCUGGACAACGAGAGAUGGUUUCUGGGAAGCGUACCAGGAUGGCGAGCGUCAAGGCACUGGGGACAACCUGGCCCCCUGGCAUCCAAUUAAACCAGGAGGGGCGAUCAUCCUGGGCCAGGAGCAGGACAUUGUUGGAGGCCGUUUUGACGCCACCCAGGCCUUUGUGGGCGAGCUAAGCCAGUUCAACAUGUGGGACCGAGUGCUGCGGCCAGUGGACAUCAUGGGUCUGGCCAAUUGCUCAGCUUACAUGCCUGGAAACGUGGUUCCUUGGAUUGAUGCUAAUGUGGAAGUUUUUGGCGGUGCGACUAAAGCUGCUCUGGAGAUCUGUGAAGAUCGUGCUUUUGAUUCCUAAAGGAUCUAUUGUAAGGAAUCCAGUACGAGUAAUUGGGAUUGAGAAGCUAAGUAUUCUGACUGUUUGUUGCUUUUGUCAACUCCCAAAGGAAAGAGCAUCAGUACAUUUUUACAUAUUUAUAUGAUCUCACUGCAUAGUCUCAAAGACUCACAUGUUGAUGUGUACAUUCAAUUUGCACCCUGGAGACAGUACAGGAGAUGUCAAAUUGGUCUGCUCAUCUGAAGAAGAUGCUGUAUGCUGUUGCAUCAGUCUACCAUAAUGAUGUCACCUACUGUUAUUCUGUUUUGUUCUCUUCAGUAGCUUUCAUUUGACUCCCCUUUGAAAACAAUUCUUUUUGGUUGCAUUCCUUAUACCGACAAUAUGCGCUAUAUUUGUAGUGAGUGUGCGCUCACACAGGUUUUGAUGUGCUGUGGAACACCAUUCCCGAGUUACAUGGUAGAGUACUACAUGCUGUGAGCUUCCUUGCUGUUUGAAGAGCAAUGAGGCGCUGAACAAGAAGUGCAGUGAAAUGAGGUGGAUGCUCUAGAGUUCAAAGUGGGCAAGAACAACCCUCUCUAUUGAUUAUCUUGCAGCAACCCAACAAUACAGAUUGUCUAUUAUGCAUGACCCCAAGCAGCGAUUGGAAGCCAGUGCAGAAGUGACAGUGCAUGCCUUCUGUCAAUACACAGAGCGUGUGCUGCGUCCAAACAAGCCAAUGCAGUGUGUUGACGACAUUAUGUAAGUGUGUUCAUGUGUGUAUGGCUUCUCUUGUGUGCAAAAAAGACCAGAGAUUAUGAGGAAGGGAGUUCUUGUAAAUCUAUGAUUAAUGCCUCCAUGACCCUCGAGCAGCUGCUGUGUCCCAAACAGCUUUGUGGAAGUGCUUGCUUUGCUCAGGUUAAUAGCAAUGUCGGAUGGCUGCCCGCGACUGGCGUAUCAACCAACCUGUGGACACCAGCCAAGCGGCCGUUGAUGACAGGGACUGCGCUUGACCUUCAAGGACAAUCCUUAAGUCUUCGGCUUGGUAGUAAUCAUCUGUGCUUAUGAAUGAGUGUGGCAGUGAGCAGCCACUGGUCUGUUGGUGUUUCAUUAAGCUAAGUGUAUUGUAAUUAAUAAAAUAUUGAUAUAUAGUGGGGGUGUCAGCAUCACUCUCUGGACAUUAUGAAUGUUUCAAUCAGAUGGAAUUUGGUCUUAGAUGUCUCUCACUGAACAAGAUGAACAGUUUUGCAUAUGAUAUAUUUUUCAAAAAAUUUAUUUAUUCACCACUCAGUGAGUAAAAAAGCUGUUUUUUGCAGUUUAAUUUAUGUCUGUCCUUAAUGUUACAGUGGACAUUUGUUUCAACACUGUUUAAACAGUAAAAUAUUGAAAACAAAGCCUGGUGCUGAAAGAGAUUUGGUAUCACCUCCAGAGUUUCUAUUUUACCUCUCUGUGGACUUUCCAUAUUGAGGAGACACUAGUAUAAAAAGCUUCUAUUCACAUUUGAAAAAUGCUACAAUGCAGUAGAUACCUGGACAGAAUGUUAUAAAAGUGAAGGUGUACAUUCAACUUUAUAUGGACUUGUUGAACAUGUCACCAUCCUGCUGUGACUGUUGCUCCUUUGAAUGUCGUUAAUGUUUCAAUGUAAAAGUUUAUUUUCGUGUACAAAGUGUAUUUUUCUUGCUUUUUCUGUUCAUGAUUUUUGUCCAUUAGUAGCACAUUAUGUAAAAAUAGCAGCGUUACUAAAAAUGCUUUGUCUAAAUGGUAAACGGCCUUUUGUGAGAACCAUACGUGUUCUUGCUUGUGAACAAACUUGUUGUCAGCUUUUACAACGCUAACAGCUCACGAGCAGCACAGACAGCGAGGGACACGAGAAAAAGAAUUGUGUUUGCUAUUGUUGUUUUAAAGUCUUCUUUAUGUGCAGUACCCGUUCAAAUGUUGCACCUUUGAGCCGUGUGGCUGAAUGUCCAUCUGCAACCAAUAAAAGAAUGAACAAGUUCUACAAGUGUGAGAAUUAAAGCAGUAACUCAGUGAUGUGACUGAACAGCUGAACAGCUGUUUGAACAGUCGAAACCUGUUUUAUUAAAAUAUCACUGCACAGCAUUAGUGAUGAAGUCAGAGUGGAGCGUAUCCCUGCCAAGGUCAUGUGCCCUGCUUUCCUGAUGUUUCUUAAUAUGGAAGCCCCACUUUAAUUUUUGAUGGAGAUUAAUAAAAAUCAAUAUUUUACUGUGACAUUUUUGGCCACAUCAAUUCUAAAGGAGCUGAAGGCGUCUGUCUAGUUGGUAGUCAUAUCAUUUGUAGGAGUAGUCGUAAUACACAUGAAAGGAUAUGUCCUCUCAUCUGGGCAAUGUAAUGUUGUCAACAGCAGAGAAAUCCUCUGAACUGGCAGUGACCCAGGUGGCAAUGAAAAAAUCUGGCCAUGUGGAUUAUGGGAGAUGCUACUAUGUAGGACACUGUGAGCCUUCUUCAUUCUCCUCGACACUGUGUGUCGAUGCUACUGCAAAUGAGGGGCCAGGGGUUGCAUGAGGGGGCCCCGAUUGUUUUAUUUUAACAACAAUCUGAGGCCUCUAAUAGACAACCAACAAUGUUAAGUAUGGGGACCUUUUUAAACAUAUUUUGAUUCAUUGCAUUGCUACUGUACCACUGCAAUUCGAAUGUUUUUGAAUUAAUUAUUCCAGAAAAAAAUUCCAAUUUGCAUUUAUUUAGUUGGUGUAAAACACACACUGUAGAAUGCCAAUGAGUAAUGUGUGGUUCCUCAGCUAAUCUUGUUAUGCUUGGGUGUAAGAGGAUGGUAAUAUAUGUAGACAUGCAGAGAAUUCCUGAUACUCAUUUUUGCUAUGAGAUGACUCUGUAGAAUUCUUUCUUCUUCCAUAAAUGCUGCUGUUAAGUUGGAACAAGGUGUGGAACCAUGAGUGCAGCCUCUGCUGGAGUCUCCAAAACAAUUCAGUCAGUGCUGAAGAGCAAGCAAACACUUAUGACAAACUGGUUGCUGCUGUCACAUCAUACUGUACCUCCUGCUUUCUCCUUCAUAUUUGGUGAAUACUGUGUAUAAGACAAAUUAUCUGUGAGAAGGUGUUGCAGGGCGCUAA